UUUUCAAUCCUUUUGAAACUCGAUUUUUACGUUGAAUAAACAUAUCGGGCUUUUAUACGGGGAUUAGCUGACCGAUUUUGCAAACAAAACAAGUUUUACAAGCUACUACAUGUAUAUAAGUGUGUACAUCUAAGUGGUACCCUUGAACAACUGGCACAUACUUUGCGAAAGUUUCUUUUUUGGUCCAGUAUAUAUAGAUAAAUAAAACUAGAAGGAGGCGUUCAACUUUAACUCUGUUUAUGUCUUUUCGGCAGACUCUGUACAUUUUCCUGAAAACCAGGAGAGCAAAAACAACUGUCUAAAAAUGUAUUUAGACAAAAAUAAUGGAAGCAAAUCGUAUGAAUGGAAAUCUUGUUCCGAACAAAUGUGGGCAUUUUGCAAAUCUGAUUCAGACCAUUCCUGCGAAUUAUAUAAAGAAUUGAAAAGUUGGAGGAAUGCAGCGACACUGUGCUUUCAAAACAACGGCUAUCCAAUUGGAUAUGAAGCAGCACGGAAUGUGACUUACAUGGCUCGAUACGGCUGGACAGGGAUCGUUUGGAGCGAUGUAAUUUUCAAAGAAACUGAAUUAUACCGGAAAAACAUGUCUGAUAUCAGUCACGGGUAUUUGAAAUAUGAGAGUUCCUUAGGAUACGUUUUACAUUUUGCAAAACAUGAUGACGCAAGAAAAUAUAUUCUCUGCAAUGGUGAACCAGUGAUAAAGGAAACAACGAUGAUAAGAACUAAAGCACACUCAUCAAUCCCAAUGUCAAAAACGCCAGAAACACCUGUUACGCCGACUGGCGAGAUGAAAAGGUCAUCUAAUGAUUCAUCAUUCGAUGACACUGAUUUAACUGUUGUUGUAUGGGUAUCAGUUUCAGCAACACUGCUUGUUGUUAUCAUAGUGAUCCUACUGGUUUUAGUCAAACGGUAA